AUGAGUGAAGAACACCCAGAGGCUCCUGUUAGUGAGGAAGGACCGGUUCCUGUCCUUAGAUGGGACUUAGGUCUGUUCGAACAGAUUGUUCGUAGUUUUAGAUUCCCACCGGAGUGGGAUGCCCGGUAUCCGGCUCAGGGCCAGACCGCGGCUGAUGCACCACCCGGUUAUAUCACCCUUUAUGAAGACUUUUUCCUUCAAGGGAAUUUCCGACUGCCGGCGACCAAUUUCCUGGGCAGUAUUCUUUCUUACUAUAACUUCCAUAUAUCCCAGAUGAGCCCACCCGGGAUGGUGAGGGUGCGGCACUUCGAAUUCCUGUGCCGGUCUCAUGGCAUUGAGCCAUCGGUAGAUAAGUUUCGUGCUUUCUACCAGUUGCAGAGAACGAUGGGGUUCUUCUCAUUUGCGAGCCGAGGUGCGGCGAAGAAGAUUCUGCUGAAUCCUCCUAAGAGUUUCCACGAUUGGAAACCCAAGUUCUUCUUCAUCAGGGAAGAAGUUUUGCCAAUCGCUAUGCCUUUUAGGGAAUGGACUGAGGUCAUACCCAAGGAAGAUCUCCCGAUCCCGAAGACUGCUCGGUGGUACCAGCAGCUAACCCCAACCCCUAACCGGGUGUUUGGGGAAAGUGUUUUGGUUGCUGCUAAGAUGAGUGACCAGUGGUCACCUAGCAGCAAGGAGGUUCCGGUCUUGAAGAUCGGUGAUCAAGAAGCGCAACUCUAUCAAGCUGCCUUCUCCACGUUUGGUGGCUCCAUGGGCGUUCGCCCAGUGCGCGAUGAUGAAGAAAGCUGGUAUGACCAGAUUAAAGGAAACUUCAUGUUUCCAGCUGCUGAUGCUUUCGCUUCGCCGCCAACCGCUACUGAAGGUGCGCAAUACCCUAAGCCUCGUCCAUUGCGCUCUGUGACUCUCGCUGGGAAAGAAACUUUCUAUCUUUCCAGCGAGGAGUCUGUAGGUUCUUCCAACGGCGAGCUAAGCUCUUGGUCUGAAAUCUUUGCAGGUGUGUUGCGCGACCUGGGGAUUGACCCCGAGGAGAAGAAGAAAAAACCGGUGAAGAAGAAGAAGAAGGUGGAGCCUGAGGUGACCAGUAAGGGCACCGGCCCUAGUCGCGCAACAUCUGCUGCUGUCAAAGGUACUCUUCGCCUUCGUCAACGUGAUUUAGACGACUAUGUGAUAAUCAGUGACUCAUAUGAAGGUUUAUCACAUGCAGCUAAGGGGAAAACUGGUGCUGGUGGGUCGAAGAGUUCUGGGAGCGCGGGUUCUCGCAACCCUGAAGCUGGCGCGACUCCGUCUUUCCCAGAGGAUGAAGAAGUAGAAGAGGAAGAUGCUGGUGCCCGGCUUAUUGGGCGGAAGAGGGGUAGGAGCGAAGCCACGACUGGUGUGGCUUCCGCCCCUACAUCUGCUGUGAUUCCCGUGGUCGGGAAAACGAGCAAGCUGCGCUCGUUAUACAGAUUUUCUCCUGAAAUCAAGAAGAAGACCCCUGAGAAGGGUGUCACGUUUAGUGAGGCCGGGGUAAAGAGGCCCAAGAUUACCGUCAAGUCCACUGACACUGCGGCUCAGGAUGCCGCGAAGGCUGCUGAGGCGCAGCGAAAGGUGGAGGAGGACCGGAAGAGAGAGGAGGAGAAGAGAAAGAAAGAAGAAGAGAGGAAGAAGGUAGAAGAGGAGAGAAAGAAAAAGGAGGAGGAGGAGAGGAAGCAGAGGGCGGAGCAGGAGAGGUUGGCUGAAGUGGCGAGGAAGCAGGCCUUGGAGAAGGAGCUAUCAGCGAAAAAGGCUAUGGAUCAGCCUCUUAAACCUCCAGGUCCUGAGGUCACCAAACCAACCAACACCGGUCCUGUUACUACUUCCAAGGGUUCCAGCCGCUUCUCCUCAAGCGGCGCGAGCUCUGGUGGAGCUGGGGGUUAUAACCCCAAUGUGAUAGGUGCGAAGGACACCGUUGGGGAUAUUUACUACAAGACUUACACUGAAGAAGAGCGUGGGGACGCUCCUCAUCAAGCCCCCUGGAGUUUAAAACAGAAAGAUACUUUCGUCGAGUUCAGCCCUGCGCGCGAGUGGUUCCUGAACUCCUUUACACCUGCUGAAGUCCAUCGGCAAAGGGCGAAACCUCACGAAAUGUUGUAUCGUACUUAUAUUCUUGGUGAGGCCAACGCUCGUGCUGCCAACCAUCAAAUAGUUCGCGAAUGGCGAACGAUGGUUAGGGAGCGCGCCGACUGGGAGGCUUAUCGCGAGCGUAUGCUGAAACGUAUUGCUGAAUUCGAAAAGUCGAAAACCGCGUUUGGUGAGGAGAGAGCCAAGUUUGAGGCUGACAAGAAGGCUGAAGAGUGGGGCCGCGAGGGGCUGCAGAAAAAACUCCACAAUGUUGAGGAGCAACUGGCCAAGGAGAAGGCCGAGUUUAAGCGUAUAUGCGCCCAAGACAACGAUCGUGCUUAUGCGCUACGACAGAAGAUCGUUGAUCUUGAGGCUAAAGUUGCGGACUUGACCUCAAAGGUGGAGGAAGCGCAGGGUGAAAGAGCUGCCAAGCAGCAGAUGGAGGUUGAGCUGACUGAAGCCAAGGUGCAAUUGUCCAACAAGGACAAGGAUCUCCACGCCAAGGACGUUGAGAUUGCGGAACUCAAACGUCGCUUGAAUGAGCAAAUCGACAGAUGCGAGUCUUUGGAGAUUGACCUUGAGGCUGAGAAGGUCAAGGCUGCUGAUGCUGAGGAGGCGCGUGCUGUCAGCACUGCUGCGCUUAAUGUGGCCCAGACAAACUACUCCGAGACCCAAGGCAUCGUUGAUACGCUUGUCUCGGAGGCUGAAUGGAUGCGCACUCGAGGAGUAGUGCUGGUAAGUGCCUUUGACUUAUGCUUUUUCUUGUUGAGAGUUGCCAACUCCAUCUUGAAUGCGAGCGAGCUAGACCGCGCCGUAGCGGCUCUGACAGAUGCGGCGCGUGCGGUGGGUCAUCGGGGAGGCUACCUGGAGUGUGCCGAUCACGUUGAGCAGAUGCUUGGGCAGGAAUUUGACAUAAGUCAUUGCUCAGUGACGGAACAUGCUGAUGCUGCAUUGGCUAGUGCUGAAAACUCCUAUGACAACCUUUCCUUGCCUAUCAUGGAGUUGGUUGUUGAAUCGUUGAAGAAAGACGACUGGUGCCAGCGUCUUAAGGCAGUCCUCGAUCCACCGGUUACCGUCGAGUUGUCCGACGAAGAGCCAGCUGGUGAUGAUGGCGACGAUGGUGAUGAUGAUGGCAACGAUGAUGAUGGCGAGGAUGACGGAGAUGAUGGUGAUGAUCGCCGCGAUGAAUAG